CAGACACACAGCCUUAAAUCAGCAGGUGAGACUUUAUCCCAUUACUAGAUAUUCCAUUCCAGCUGCUACAUUCUGCACAUUUACUAUGCGCACAACUGCUUUGCAACUUACCAUUAAAGUAUAGUGACCUCCAUCACAUUUAAUGGCUCAUUUUAUCACCUUUCUAUAUUUUCAACCAUCACUUUGCCCUCUAUAAAGUUUCUAUGAGUUUUUCUUUAGCCACACACAAAAAAAAAGUAUUAUAUUGAAUUUGUUAGCAGCAGUCCAUCCCAUUCGUAUCCUUUGUUAAUUGAUGCAUGUGUGUGGCUAUUGGCUGAGGCUGUCCAGAGAUUUGCAUGAGCAGAGAGGGAGUGUCUGUAUCUUUAACACCAGGCACUAAAUGACUGCAGUUUCAUUGGGAUUAAACUACCAAGGGAAUGAAAGGAUCACGCAGCACACAGGAGGACAGAGCUGGCUUCUAAAGCCGUUCAACCUGGAUAUGGGGCAGCAAGCCAAUCCAACCAGGAUCACACUUACCCAUGCACAGCCCUACUUGUUUCUGUAUCUAAUCGCGCUCUACGCCGGACCCAGGCUCAGCUUAGCAAGUUACAGCACAGCUUCGGAAUUGUUGUACACGCUGCAAGAAGGAUUUCCUAAGGGGUAUCUCAUUGGAAACAUUGUGCAUGAUCUGCAGCUGGGGACUGACCCCCCUCUUUUGUUCAGCUUGGCAUCUAAAGGGCUUAGUGGGAAAUAUGUGACACUCAAUGACAGCACAGGGGAGCUGUACACAUCAGCAGAGGAGUUGGACAGAGAAGCCCUCUGCCCGCAGAACUCUGGCAUCCAGGAUUGUGCCCUUCUGCUUGAUAUUAUCAUUCUGCCACAGGAAUACUUCCGGCUCAUCAAAGUAAAGAUCGCUAUCGUUGAUGUGAAUGAUAAUGCUCCUGUGUUUCCUGUGGGACAGAUUUACAUUACAGUUCCGGAGAAUGCACCUGUUAACACAAGGCUGGUUAUAGAACAUCCUGCUAAUGACCCUGAUGGGGGAAUGAAUGGGGUCCAGACCUACAGGUUAGUGGACAACUAUGGUGUGUUUACAUUAGAUGUAGAAGAAAAUGAAAGUGGGGAAAGGACGCCUUACCUAAUUAUCAUGGGGCCCCUGGACAGAGAGGUCAAAUCUGAGUAUAAAACAAUUAUAAUUGCAGAAGAUGGAGGCAAUCCACCUCUUGUUGGCUCUGCCACCCUUUCCAUUCUUAUAAGUGAUGUCAAUGACAACUGUCCUCAGUUCAACGAGUCUUUGAUUAAUGUGAUGCUUCCUGGGAAUACGAGCACUGGGGUAAAGGUAACUUCAGUGCAAGCUGAGGACAAGGAUUUGGGGAAUAAUGCCCUGAUCACUUAUGCCUUUAGUGAACGGGUUCCACAUUCAUCAAAAGAACUUUUUGAAUUGGAUGAAUCAACAGGAGUAAUAAAACUUUCCAAGAAGAUAGAUGGUGGUACCAUCAAACAACAUAAGCUAACUGUACUUGCCAAUGGUCCUGGGUGCAUCCCAGCUGUGAUAACUGUCAUCAUUUCUAUUGUAAAAGUUACGUUCCGCCCACCAGAAGUCAUACCACGUUAUAUUGCCAGUGAAGAAAAUGGGAUUGUGUAUUUAAAAGAGCUAGAACCUAUCCACUCUCCAAUUGCUUUUUUUACUAUCAAAGACCCAGAUGGCAAGUACAAAGUAAAUUGCUACUUGGAGGGAGAAGGACCAUUUCGUCUGACUGCAUACAAGCCUUAUACAAAUGAAUAUUUGCUUGAAACUACAAAUGCUCUAGAUUAUGAGGUGAAGAGGGUCUAUAAUAUAGCAGUGGUUGCAGUUGGCAUACAUGGGGCUCAUGUUAAGACGUCAUUACAAGUUCAGAUCCUGGAUGAGAACGAUAAUGCUCCCGUUUUCACUCAGUCUACAAUAGAAGUGAGCAUAGAAGAAAACAAUCCAGCCAAUGCUUUUCUGGCCAAAUUGCAUGCUACAGAUGUUGACAGUGGUGAAAGAGGACAGGUUUCCUAUUAUUUAGGAGCGGAUGCACCUUCUUAUUUUGCUCUAGACAAACAAACCGGAAUUCUUACAGUUUCCACAUUGCUAGACCGAGAGGAGAAGGAGAGAUACAGGUUCACUGUAAAAGCCAGAGACUUUGGCACACCUCCAAAGGAGUCAGUAGCCACUGUUCAUAUUACCGUGCUGGACAAAAAUGACAACAGCCCUCGUUUCAUCAACAAAGAUUUCAGCUUUUUUGUUCCUGAGAACUUUCCAGGCUUUGGUGAAAUUGGAGUAAUCAGUGUCACAGAUGCUGACUCUGGACAGAAUGGAUGGGUUGCUCUUUCUAUAGUGAAUGGAAGUGACAUUUUUGUCAUUGACACUGGCAAAGGACUCUUGAGAGCAAAGGUAUCACUGGACAGAGAACAACAGAGUUCUUAUAGUCUCUGGGUCGAAGCGUCAGAUGGUGGUGACCCAACCUUGUCUUCUACGGCUAAAAUUACUAUACUGCUUCUGGAUGUUAAUGACAACCCACCACUGGUGUUAUUCCCUCAAUCAAACAUGUCCUAUCUUCUAGUCCUGCCUUCAACUCUACCUGGCUCCCCUGUCACCGAGGUUUAUGCUGUGGAUAAAGACACAGGGAUGAAUGCAGUUAUUGCUUACAGCAUAAUAGGAAGGAGGGGUCCCAGGCCAGAGUCAUUUAAGAUAGAUCCCAAGACAGGAAAUAUAACUUUAGAAGAGGCCCUGAUGAGGAAUGACUAUGGUUUAUACAGGUUGUUAGUGAAAGUUAGUGAUCAUGGCUAUCCAGAACCACUGUUCUCCACAGUGAUGGUCAACCUGUUUGUGAAUGACACUGUCAGCAAUGAAAGCUACAUAGAAAGUUUGCUUAAAAAAGAUCCCGACAUUAACAUAGAAGAAAAAGAGCCCCAGAUAGCAAUUGAGCCCACUCAGAAAAAGAUGGAGGCGGAUUCCUGUGUCCCGACACUGGUCACCCUGUCCAUUUUCUGCUUUGCCUCCAUCAUCUUAGUCACUCUAAUGGCAAUGUACAUCUGCCUAAGGAGAGGCAAAAAAGCUCACAGAAUCAAUGAAAAUCUUGAAGUGCAAAUCCCACUCAAUGGCAAAUUAGACUUUCAUUUGCUUGAUAAAAAGCCAAUUGAGAUUUCUAAUAUUUAAAGUUUUCUUUUUUUUUUCUUGCUGAUCAACAAUCUGACAGAUGUUGGAGGAUGGAAAAUUAAAAUUAACACAAUGUGUUGACAAUGGUUUAUCAUGAAGGACCACUAAUUUAUACCAUAUAGUAAUAUAUAUAUGUAAAUAACUCUUUACAGCUUUUUUUAUUAAAGCAACAAUUCUUACAGAACUUGUAAAAAAAUGUUUUAUACUUCUGUAAUGCACUGCUACAUACCGAGUCAUUAACUCGUACACCUGUGAUCACAAUAUAUACAGUAUAGAUCAGACAGAGCAUUUUAAACAGUCAAUGUUUUUGUUAACCAGCAGAGGGCCCAACACUAUAAGGAGUCAAAAAGGUAUGCAGAAUAUAUUUUUAAUGCUUUAUUGUCAUAUACCAUUUGCGCAACUAAAACCCUUCUAUAUUUAUAAAAAGAGAGCUUGGAAAAAAAGACAGAUUUGAUACACUGAAUGUAUAUUAUUGUACCUCACUCUUAAAAAAAAAAAAAAAAAAAAAAAGACAUACGUUUAAAGUGCAAUUCAUUUUAAAGCAAAGCUCUAGAUGAUGCAGAGUAUAAUGUAUAUAUGGCUUUUCUGGCUAUGUUGUAUCAAAAUCUAUUGAUAUAAACAGUAUUUGGUGUAUAUGUGAUAUAUUGCAAAUCACAUAUUGCCUUUAGAUAGCUGUAAUGACUGGUAAAAGCACGUACUUGACAAUCAUAACCCAAAACACUUGUCAAUAUAUUUUCACUUUUGUAUUAACAACAUUUUAUUUUACCCUUCUUUUUUUUUUUUUUUUUUUAAACUUGUUGAGCCAGUUUGAUCACAGUUUAUUUUACAACAGAUAAUGAUCUAGUGUUUAACCUGGAGAACAGAUUUAUAGCACAGUGACCUUUAAUCAUUGCGUUUAGCUAAGAUGUGGUGUUUGGUUUUUGGCUGUGCUUGAGUGGGAUUCAAACAUUACUUUCUUAGGUAUUGUUGGAGAUUUACCACACAGUUUUUUUUUUUUUUGUGUAGGACAGCAGAAAUAGCAAUACAUUUUAUGAAGUAGUGUAACGUUUAUUUACUAGGAGGUGAUUUUAGAAUCCACAGACCGUAUGUUAACUAAUAAUCAAUUACAAUGAUGACUAUUAUUGACUUGGCUGUGUUGACACUGAACUGGCCUCAAACCAUUUCUGCAGACGUCAAGUAAAAAGCACUGUAUGACUAUACGUCCACCUGAUAUUUCAUUGUAAAUGGCUGGCAAAAAAAUAGUCAGUUUUUCUUAAAAAAAUAAAUAAAAAAAAAAGGUAAAAGUUAAUUAAUUUCUGCAUUAUGUCUGUACAGUACCAACAGUGUUUAUAUGUCUUUAAAUUAAAGCUAUAUAUUUUCAUAAAA